AUGGAUAACUGUAGUAGUAAAAACUACGGAAAAUGGACAUACAAACAAUUAAUUCUAGAGCUGAAAAAAAGAAGUGCACAGACAACUGGGAAGAAGGCUGAUUUAGUGCAAAGGCUCAUUGAUUACGACAAAAUAUGUAUUAAGGUUACACCUGAAAUUGAAGAAGAAUAUACAUUAAUUACCCCUGAUCCUAAAAACUACAGAGACUUGAAUGCGUCGCAUCCUUUAUCACUACCAAAUAACUUUUAUGUAGAAUAUUUCAAUUCAAUACAAGAUACAGAUGAGGUUACAGGGCUUACAACAACGACAGCAAGAACGAUAGUAACAACAGCAGCAGAAGCAACAACCGUUGAUAGUACCGCGUCGACAGUAUCAGUGGCAGUAGCAACGGCACCAGGCGAAUGGGCGUACCCGUCGACGCCGUCUUAUCCGGCACCCACAGCUGAGAGCGUUGGUGUAGGCGGUGGCGUUUGCGGCUCCUACUCGCCCAUCCCAGGUGGUUCGUUCUCUUAUCCUGGCGAGGCACUCGCCCACCAUCCAACCACCGAGCCCGUGCCCCUUCCAACUGAUACAGAUGAGGUUACAGGGCUUACAACAACGACAGCAAGAACGAUAGUAACAACAGCAGCAGAAGCAACAACCGUUGAUAGUACCGCGUCGACAGUAUCAGUGGCAGUAGCAACGGCACCAGGCGAAUGGGCGUACCCGUCGACGCCGUCUUAUCCGGCACCCACAGCUGAGAGCGUUGGUGUAGGCGGUGGCGUUUGCGGCUCCUACUCGCCCAUCCCAGGUGGUUCGUUCUCUUAUCCUGGCGAGGCACUCGCCCACCAUCCAACCACCGAGCCCGUGCCCCUUCCAACUGUUUCAUCGGAUGGCCAGCAGGAUGCGUACGUGCCGAACUGUAUUUCGAUGUACCCGAACGUUGACGUGGGUGCAGCGACAAUGUCACCCCCGUCAAGCUUGCUUCUCACCCAAAACAGUGCAUCUAUUGUAGCCGCAGCGAAGUCAAUCACCGAUACAUCCGACAUGUACUGCACAUCCAUGGGUAGUCCAGGCACAGCGACAGCGUACCACCACGCCUAUGGUGGCUGGGCGACCGCUCCCACGCCAGCAACUCCUAUGCACUAUAAUCCAAACUACCAAGGCUACUACCACCAUCAGAACACGGCCGCAGCAGCUGUUGCCCAGAACUACGUCAGUCCAACACCCAUGGUUCUCUAUCCCCAGGUUUUUACUAGCACGAUUAACCAAAACCAGAUACACUUGCACCUGAGCGAAGAGGCACUGGCAAAUAGCAAUCUCACGAUCAGCAACAAUCGGCUUGAGAUCGGGGUCAUGGGUGAGGAAAAUGAGCAGAGGAACGAUGUAUGGAGACCCUACUGAGGAAUGGCAAGAUGAGCCUUAACUAACAUGCGACAAUAUUCAUUCAGGAGUCAAGAAUCUGAGAGGAUGUAGCUAUCAUGAGAUAACUGGUAUGGCAAAGC